AUGUUGGAUAGAGGCGGCAGCUCCGUUUUUCAGUCUCUACUCGCCCUGUGGGAGACUAUUCUUGUGGCUUCAAAGCUUGAGUUUGUCCUCGGAGAAGCUGCAGGUACCGCUACUAAUGAGGUUUUGAGGACUGGCCUUGUGUGCGGUUGCUCACGGCAACAACGAUGGGGAUUCCAGGUUUUAGGAUCUGCGGCAAAAGCGCAAUUUUCCAAGCUUUGGUUUGGAAUCGGUGUUCCUCAUUGGUAA